AUGGGAAGCUAUUGGCGAGAACACGUUACUGUGGGCAUAGUCGGCGGCGGAAUUGCGGGCUUGAGUCUUGCCAGGAUGCUGGAGAUGAGUGGCAUAUCAUACUGCGUUGGGAGGCUUACGGCAAUUUCGCCUCCUCGGCCGGAGCAAGCAUUGGACUCAUGCCCAGCGGGAAUCGGAUAUUUGGAUCAGAUCGGAGUGCUUGAUCAUCAAUUGAAUGACGCAGAGGUACCUCAUCAACGGUGGGAGCAUAAAGAUGGUCAAGGCAAUGUGCAGGCAACCCUCAACUCUAUGAAAGAUUUCCCAGAAUUACUAGGCUACGGAUCUUUCUUCACAGACAGACAGAGAGUGCUUCAGGCUCUAUACGACAAUGGUGAAGACAAAAGCCGGCUGAGCACUAACAAGAGAGUAGUGGCCGUCCAUCGAAGUGAGCAAGAGGCUGUCCUUAUUGCCCAGGAUGGAAGUGAAUCCAGCUGUGAUUUCGUUGCUGGCGCCGACGGUGUACGAAGUGUGAUUCGCCAUGAGAUUGCAAAGAGUGAGAUGCGACUGGAAAACAUGAAUCUGCGCUUCGACGCCAAGUAUGCCUGUGUCUACGGAAUAUCCAAUCCUGUUUCAGGCAUUGGACCAGGGCAAUAUAUCAAGGAGCGGCAGAUCCGAUAUGAGGCCCUUCGGAAAUUUUUCGAAGGAGAUAUCGACAGGCUGUAUGCCGCUGUCGCAGAUAUCCCGGUAACUGGUGGUGUGAAGUUUUCCGAUGUCUUCCGCGAAAGAGCACCGCAGUGA